AUGGAGAAGAAGAUGAAUUUGGGUCCAGAUUUGGCCCAUGUGAUUGAGGACAUGGUUGGUGAUAAGGUGUUUCUAAAGGUCUUGCCUAAGAAGAAGGUUUUGAGGUUCGGGCAAAAAGGCAAGCUUAGUUCUAGGUUUAUUAGCCCUUACGAGGUGAUUGAACAGAUUGGACUUGUUUCUUAUCAUCUUCUAUUACUGCCUGAGCUUGAGCGCAUUCAUGAUGUCUUGCCUUCCCAUGUUGUUUGUGUGAAGGAGAUUGAGGUUCAAUCUGACCUUUCGUAUGAGGAGGAACUGGUUGCGAUCUUAGACCGUGAGGUCAAGGUGCUGUGUAGUAAGACAGUUCCACUGUUGAAAGUUUUGUGGCGCAACCACAAGAUUGAGGAAGCCAGUUGGGGGUCGGAAGAUAUCCUGAGGCAUCAGUAUCCAUAA